AUGGAUAGCCAAAAUGGGUUUCUCUCAAGCCUCGCUGUCGGCUCAACCUUGACUCCCAAUCUCGAUAUCCUCUCUCGCUAUGCCGGCCUCUCCCCUCCCUCCCCGAUCGAGACGCUCAAAGCUCCUUCGCCGAUCGACUAUGAAUCCUCAACAACCGUUGAACAUCACAGUGCUGCACGCGCGUUCCUCGUGAGAGCACGAACCAGCGAUGCAGGCUACCGUCCACCAGACCAACAGAAGAGACAUCUCUUGCGCGUCCCGAGCCGAAGAAGCUUGAAGCUGAAUGAAGAGAGAUGGACUUUUACAAAACAUGAGGUCGGAAAGGCUCUCAAUGACCUUCUUUGUAUGGCUCCAUUGCCUGAUGUGCAAGUAGCGCACGCAGUGCUUGCUUCUGUACACGUCGACUCGCUGGAUGAGCUGUGGGAGCACUUCAAAGACAGCAAGCUACAAAAGAGGCAAUCCAGCAUUUUUCGCCGCUCAACUUCUUCAAACAGUGGAUUGUCUAAUUGGCUGAGUACCGUCACGGGCCAGGAAAACAUACCGUAUAUCCAUCUACUGUGCCACUAUAACGCAGGGCCCAUCCUGUUGAAUCAAGCCUUUGUAAUUGCGCUCGCCAAGCGCAGCAUUCCCUCAAUGGAGCUCCUUCUAAGCUUUGGAGCGUGCAUCUUACCCAUCUGCAAAGAUUAUGUGCGACCAUUUGUUGCCAAGAACGAUGUCGAUGUUGUAAAGCUUUUGCUUUCGGCUCCAAAGGGUAUGAACGUCGAGGACUGGCAAUAUUCCCUGGAAGCAAAUAUCGAAGGGGCUCCCCUGGGUAAAUGCGAAACAAGCAUUCUGCUUCAAUGCAUCCAUCAUCGGCCAGAGAUUGCAACUGGGGAAUAUCUUCUCAAAGCCAUCGAUGCGAACAAUGUUGGCGCCGUCGCUGUUCUUCUUUCAUACCUGUCCACUCGAACCUCCAUGAUGCCUCCCAUGUUUCCCGUUCAGAGCUUUAGUAUUGCAUCUUUCUUAAGCACAACAGGAAACGGAGCCGAGCAUGAAAAUGUUGCCAUACAGGCAUGCGAGCGCAUAUCAGGAAACCCCGAUUACGAGACAAGAUAUAGGCUCUACUGCCUUCUGAAUGAAGCAAAUCUUCUGAGAGAUGUACACGCCCUUCGGCAGGAGAUGUCCAAUAGCGUCAUGGCCAAAAGAACCCCUAUGAUCAACCUCCUGAUCAAAGCCGGAGUGCGCCCAUCUAUCGAAGAGGCUGUAUCCGUAAUGGACUUUUCCAUUCUCGGAAUAAUGCUUGCCGCCUUCAGAGGAAGAGACGACGUUCCAAAUCUCCUGUCACUUGUCCGGUUCGAUGCUUCAGAGGACGUGAUGCUUCGUUUUCUGGGUAUGUUGAGUGCAAAUCACAUACACUGUGGAGGACAAUCACUGGAUCAAAGGUUAAUCGAAGCGAUUUCCAAAAGUCAUCAUCGUACUGUCGAUGCAUUCCAGAAAAUGGGUGCAACCAUCACGUACAAGUCCAUCCAAAUGGCACUCAGCUUUGCUGAUGUCGAGAUGCUGAGGAUCCUGCUACAAGGAGAUAUCAGUGACGAGGAGCUUUCUCCUGCACUAUCAGACGCAAUGAAGAUUACAGAUCCAUCAAUUCGACGCAUGGCUGUCAAAAUGCUCGCUGAUAAAGGCGUAUGGAAAGAAGCCCUGCUUGAACAACUAUGUCUUAUCAUUCAAUGUCCAGACCCCGAUCUGAAGCUCCUCAAGAUUAUACUCCAAUAUAAGCUCCCUCUGCAUGGGAAAGACGGCACGUUGAAUGUAAUCCACAUCGCUAUUCACAGAGCAUCUCUCACAGUGAUAGAGCUUCUCUGGAAAUCCUAUCCCCACCCGGCGUCCAUAUCAGAAGUCCUCCCAAAGGCUUUUUCGCGCAUCGCAGAAGACGGCGGGACCCUCACCCAUGAUAUCAUCCAGUUCCUUCUCAAGAAUGGUGUGAAGGGAGUAGGACUUGAUAAGACGCUUCUGGUAGCUGCUGGGUCCAAGAGCCCUCGUACAUUGGAUAUCAUUCGUUUGCUGCUCAAGCAUGGUGCAGAUGCGAACUAUAACCACGGCAAUGCUUACGCAGCUACAUUGAACGAUUACGCUAGGCUCGAGGUUCUUUGCAAAGCCUGUCCAGUAAAUGAAGCUGUCGUCAAGGGACUUCUUCCGUCGUUACUUGAGGUGAGUACUGCCAAGACACAGACAUUGGAGCUAGUGCUGCAGGCAUCGAAUGGAUCAGCGAUAGACUUUACAGAGGUACCAAACUUAUUGGAAGGCCAUCCAAACAUGGCAGCCAUUGUUCCAUGUCUUAUGAAGCAUGGUCUUGAUAUAAACCUUCAGAAAGGGGUGAUCAUACAGUUUGCCGUGGAGAAGAGCGACGUGCGGCUGUUGAAGACUUUGCUCUCCGUUAACAUGUCGACCAAUUCUCUCAAGACUGGGUUCACAGCUACAAAGAAGACUAAGGUUCGAGAAGCGAGGCUUGAUAUGAUGAGACUCCUCCUCGAUAAGGCUGGUGACGCGGAAAUUGGUCAGUCUGAAGUGCUAUACGACGAAACACUGGAAGCUUUAUCGAAGUCAGGAGACGACAGAGGCUUCAAGAUCCUUCUUGCCCACAAGCCACUUGUUAGCACCAAAUCCCUUGGUAUUGCGGCUGCGAUCUCUUCAAGGUCCACGACUAUUUUAGAGAUGCUUCUUUCACGUCAACCAAGCGGGGAUUCUAUCAGCACGGCUUGCAUUGCGGCAUUUAGAUCGCCCAAGUUAAACGAUGAUCAGAAAGAAUCUGUCCUAGGGUUGUUACUAGAUGCCAAGCCAGGUCUCACGAAGGAUGAAACUUCCAGCCUAUUGCGUGCCAUGGUAGAGCAGUAUGGAGACUCCACGCUGGUUCCACUGAUGCUCAUCAAACGUGGCGUAGAAGUCACGGAGGCUCACCUCAAGGCGACUUUCACCUCAAGUAGCAAAGAGUUGUUCACACUUCUAGUUCAAGAAGUGAAGCCCGCCAAUACUGUCAAUGAGUGCUUUGCUCAAGCAGUAUCCUCCGCCUUGACGGUCGAGAGGCGUCGCUGGAUUUACGAUGCCCUUCUCAAUACUGGAAAGGUUUCAACUACUACUGCCUCGGCAGCGCUCAUCAUAUCACUUAACGAGGGGACACCUGACGUGGGACUAGUAAAGCUGUUACUAAAACAUGGUGCUGAUGUGAAGUUGAAGGAAUUCCUUCCUCUGAAAUUGGCUUUCAAACUCAAAUCGGCUGAAAUUACCGAGAUACUCAUCCAAUCUAUCAAGGACGAUAAUACUGCUGCUGCAGCGUUCGACCUGGUACGAACCUGGACGGCGAUGAAGCCAGCGUUCAGAGUCAGGGUAUAUACUUGUCUUCUCAAACACAAAAUCACCGAGGAAAAGCUCACACUAGCUCUUGUCGACACGUUGAAGAAUGCUCCGGACAUGGAUACCAUGAAACUGCUACUUGAACGAGGAGCAGUCCCAAGUGCAGACGGCGCCAAGUGUUUUGUCCUAGCUUGCAAAGUGGGAAAUGAAGCCGCUCUCAGAAUCAUGUGUCAAUAUGCGAAUGUUGACGCAGUGACUCUAGCUCUAAUUGAGCACUGCUCCAAAGAAAAGGAGGUCGUCAUAUGGCUGAAGACUUGCAUGUCCGAAUUAAGCAAAGCUCAUCUUAAAGACACGAAUCUCCUAUACAGGGCCAUGGCCAAGUUCCCCGAGGGAGGGACUCUAGUACAAACGCUGCUUCAUUACGGGGUGUCAGCAGGGACGAUGAAAUCAGCAUCGUUAUGCAAACAGUGGAAACGUGAGCCGGUUACACCUUUGCUUUGGGGGCUCAUAUCGGACUUGCAGAUAUCGAACAGAACCCUGCUAGCUCUCGUCGCCAAGGGAGAUGAUGCAAAUUUGUUGUACUCGACACCCAGCUCCCAGGUAUCAGCUGCUUUCGCCUGUAUGCUCGACCCCAAACGCAACCCCGUUCUCGAAUCUCUCCUCAAAUUACAUGGCAAAGACAUAAGAAUGUCUGUUAUUCCAGGGCGUUCAUUCUCCUACCUAAGUCAGAAACCUAAAACACCAGAUCCCACGAAACUCAUGACGUCCGACCUGCCCUUAAGCGAUGCGGCUCUUUAUCUAGGGAACCUAAAAGCCUACAUUUCCCUAGGUGGUGGUAAAGAUGUAAACAAUGGGUCACUACACACGGCUGCUUUGCUCGCGCUGCCAGAAUUUGUCCGGUGGCUGCUACAAUGGCACAGCGCAGAUCUCGAGCACGAGGCAUUUGGGAUGAUGAUUCCUCUCGUGGUAGCGUGUCGUUCUGAGGCACGCCCUUGGUGUAGGGUUGCCAACGCUGAGGGUACUUUCGAGAAGCGGAGGGUAAAGACCAUGCAGCUGCUUGCUAAAAAGACGGAUCUGGCUUGGCGAAAUAGACGAAGGAGUGUGCUACAUUUCGCCAUAGAGGAAGGACCAAAUGCGCUGCAAGCUAUGCUAGAAGCUCUUGAUGUAGCGCACGAUGCGCGGCGUAACGAGCGGUAUCUAUACACGGACCGAGAAGGUAUCGUAUACUCCCUCAGCUACUACAUCAGCCAUCUCUUGCACCCGGAAAACAAGGAUACUAAAACCCUGAAAAUGAUCCAAUUGCUGCGCGGCACCGGUAAGCUGAAGGACAUCAUGUAUCGACCUGAGGAACCAGGUCCUGGAGUUGAACAGCCGGUUGGGUUCUGUGGGAUGCCGCCAGACCUUGAGAGGAAGUGGCAUGCUUAUAAUGAUUAUGAUUCUGUGUAUUAG